GGCGGCAUUGGCUCACACCAAUGGAGUACGUACACCCGAUCAUGACCCAAUAGAAACUCCUGAGAAACUUCAGCAACACGCUUCUGGAGGGUUUGUGCCCUAUACAAAACCCUUCCCUCUCUCUCAUUCCUCUCGCUCUCUUCCUCUCUCUAACUCACUCUGUUGCGAGAAUCGAAUGAACACCUUCCCAGUUUCAUGGGAGAUCCGAAGAAUCCAAGACCGGCGUCGUUUUCACUCCCUCCCGGUUGCCGAUUCUACCCCUCCGAAGACCAACUAGUCUGCUACUACCUUACUAGCAAGAACACCGAUGAUGGCCGAUUCGGGUUCGAUUAUAUUAGAGAAAUUGAUCUCUACGGUCACGACCCGUUCGAUUUGCCCGAAUCCGCUUGCUUCCGCUUCGGCCGUGGAGGGAGGAAGAGGCACUGGUACUGUUACACGGCUAGGGUUUCGAAGGAGAGAGGGAGGAGGAGAGCCGGUGGUGGGUACUGGAAGAGUAGUGGUAGGGUCAGGGAUGUGGUGGGUGCCGGUGCAGGGAAGGUUGUGGUGGGGACGAGGAGGACUUUUGUGUUUUACUUGGGGAAUUCACCCAAAACUGCUAAGCGGACCGAUUUUGUUAUGUAUGAGUAUGCCCUAAUUGAUCAUCAUGAGGCUUCCUUUGUUCUAUGCCGGAUAUUUGUUAAAUCUCAUGGUGUAAAUAACAUAUCAGAGCAUGGUCUAAGUUCUUGUGGUGAAGAAAGUGUUGCAACCGUACGUCACAUUGGUAUUCAGUAUGAUGGGACUGUGCAUGAUGACAAUUCUGUUGAAAGGAAGAAUGAGGUUUUGGGAUUUCCAAUGGGACUGGCUGAUGAGCUUGAUGACCGAGUUCCUGCUGAGGCUGUCGCUGUUGCCAGCUUUCAACUUCCUUCUAACACACAGCCUAAUGAGCCGGUGAUGUCAUCUGGGCUUAGCGGCAAUGGCACGGUGUUCAUUGAUGAUUUGGCUACUCAGCAAUUAAUAGCCAUUUUAGAAGAAGAUUAUAUACAGUUGGAUGAUCUUUUAUGCCCACUUUCGGGCAUUGAUAACACAUGAUAAAUUUCAAUGCUGAGGUUGAACUCAUAGUUCAGAAACUAUAGAAGAGGUUCAAAAACCUGAAAUCCCCAAUGGGACAUUUAAUGGAGCAACAUAACUGUCAAUUAUGAAGUUACCAGUGAUGUGGGGCAUUCUUGUUCUGCCCAUUAAGAUUUCUUUUCGUGCCUUAUUGCGGGCAUUGUCUCUCCAAUGAGAUAAAGGGGAAGACGGAAACGUCGGGAAAAAAAAUAUUUAUCGGUAUCAACUGCAUUGCCUGAUUUGAUCAUCAUACUUCGGCUGUUCUCUUGAUGGUGGAGUUUUUACUCUAAACCACUUUGGUUAUUGGGAAAGUCUCCUUUCCAUUCCAACUCUCUAGUUUUUUCCUUGCUCGUAUUUAUCUCUGCUUAGCAAGACAUUUCUUACUGUAGCUUGGUAUUUUUCCACUUUCUGAAUUUUCUUGUGUAGGAGCUUAUAAGACAUUAUAAGAUGGAUGUUAUAGUACAUCUGGAUGGUAUGCUGAAUUAUGUGAGUUUUCAUAAUUCCUGAAGAAAAUUAUUUCCCGAAUGGAAAAUACCUAUCAUAAUCAUUUUAAAAAAAAUUGUUAUUUUGAUUUUUGUGUAUGUGCUGUGCGAGUGUGGUUGGCAAGUUUAGUUGAACUUGGAUUA